AAUGCAAAAUUAUUGACAACAAUCGAUAUAAAAACAAGUAUAUGAGAAGAAAAUGUGUGUUAUAGUAAUAAUUUGAAUGAAAUCACACAUAAAGUAUUCCAUCAUAAUCGUUUUUGACAGCUAGUAAAGAAAAAAACACUGUGUGCACAGAACUAUUUAUUGAAUUGAACACGAACAGUAGCGAGUGAGUUUUUUCCGUAGAAAAAAAACAUUGAAACCAUUUGAAUCUCAUACAAAAUAGAUGUGUGUCGAAUGUAAAGAUAAUAGUGAUAAAUAUUUUGACAUCGAUUUCCUGAUGUUUGAAGUAACAUCGUUUCAACGAAGACCAGCACGGAACUAACUUGAAUUCAUCAAAAUACACAACAUUGUACUGCGACAGUGUACUCCAACUGAUUGAAAUUGUCGUCGUCUUGAGAAUUAAGUCGUUUCGUUCUAUCCCACAACUUGGAAUGGGUAUAUUUUCUUUGUACAAUAGACGGGAGCGUGGAUUAAACAAUUAUGCUGGCUUAGAAGAUCAAAUACACAAAUCAAUAUAUUCACAUUUGGAAGCAUACAGCUGUUGGGACAGUGAUUCUGCGAAUGGUUCGGAAUAUGGUGGCGUUUACAAUUUGGAAUAUUCUCCCGAUGGAACACUGUUAAUAGCUGCAUGUGAAAAGAAAUCGAUCGUUUUAUUCGAUCCGAUAACCACUCGUCAAACGAAGGCUGUGAAAAAUGCGCAUUCAGAUUCCGUAAAUUGUGUUAAGUUUCUAACGGAUUGUUUGUUUGCCACUUGCUCGGAUGAUACAACCGUUGCUCUAUGGGAUAAACGAAAUUUAAGAUCGAAAGUUCGGAGUUUACAUGGUCACAUGAAUUGGGUAAAAAACAUCGAAUAUUCAACCAAAGAAAAUCUGCUGGUGACGUCAGGUUUUGAUGGAAGUAUUUUUACGUGGGACAUAAAUUCGAGUACCGAACAAGGAUUUGUCUAUCAAAAAGUAUUUCAUACACCUGGUUUGAUGAGGUGCCGAGUAUCACCAAAUUCAAAUCAAUUGGUCAUUUGCACGACGGGCGGCUACUUAAUCAUCAUUCAUGAUUUAGAAUUGUCAACACUUGCCGAAGACUUGAAUGGAUUUAAGCCAAAUGUGUAUCGUCUAAUGCAGUUAGGUAGACAAUUUAUACCAACAGCGGCGAAAUUCGAUCAUGUGUUCUCGAAAAAUAUGAAACGAAAUCGAGUCGAAUUAGUUAGUGAUUUUCCAAAUGAUGCCGAAGUAAUUAGUAGUUUACAAAUCCAUCCGCAUGGAUGGUGUGCACUUAGCCGAAAUAUAAGUUAUGACGAGAGGACCGAAUUUACAUGUUUACACGAUAUUCAGCAUCGAGACUAUGAUGAUAGCAUUGAUAAUGCUGAAUCGGAUGAACAUCAAAAAAACAACGAUACACAACCAUUUAUGACAACGUCUACAGCAACCACCACCACCACCACAACGACCACAACAAAUCAGGUGAAUAGCACAGUAACACAUGCAGAUAUCUGGGCCGCUGAAAUGACUGUACGAGAUAGAUUGCUUAGGGUUAGACGAAACCAUGAUUCGAAUACAUUUAAUAAUACGCACGUAUAUGGUAUCAGUAGUGGUGUUUUAUCAAUGCAAAAUUCCAAUGCGACUCAGCCCGUUCGAUUGUCAUCACCAUCGGCAACAGGAGGUGGUGGAGGUGGUGCAUGCAGUGGAUAUCGUUACAUGUACGUACCGAAAAAGCCGAUACCACAAAAUGUACGACGAAUGUUAUACUCAAUAGAACAACCAAAUAAAGGCCAAGGAUUGAUAAAAGAGGAAUGCUUCUCAUCAUGUGGACGCUUAAUAUGUUCACCAUACGGAUUAGGGUUUCGUUUGCUCGCAUUCUCGCCCAAUUGUCAGGAAUUACCACAGGCGCUAACACAACAAAAUGGUUCAAAUAAAUUAUAUGAAUUGAAAAAUGUUGAUUGUCAUCAAGAUAUUGUGGUGAGCACAAGAUUUAGCCCCAUUCAUCCGUUAUUAGCCACCGGAUGUUUACAAGGAAAAAUAAUGUGGCAUCAGCCACGUUUUUAGUUUUAUUCAAAUUCGCUUCAUUCGAAUGCAUAAUGUUCAAAUAUGUUUUCUUUUUUAAAUUUUCUUAAAUAAAAUGUUUAGUAAUACGUAGGCUGUUACUUAUAUAUUGAGAAUAGCAAA